CGUUUGCUUGCUCACUCUGCAAAGGCCAGCUGACGAGAGCUCACUUACCUUGCUUGCUUGCGUUUGCGUGCACACGCGAAUGGAAACCAUUUUCUCGCUGUCGAAGCGCUUCUCGCCUCCGAUUUGCUUCUUCUGAGGAAGACUUGCGUUGCUCUCCACUUGACUCAGGUGUGAACCGUGGAAUGUUGUGUGCACGCCACUGCGAGCCGAGCUUCUAUGGCCGAGCAACCUAGCAGAUCGUGGAGCAGCGGGGGGUUAGCAGCUACUUCAUCUUGGUCCGUCGGCGGCGGGGCAGCAGGCGCCUCCUCGGCUCAGCAAACAGGCCACCAGCAGCAGCACGGCUCCAGGCCGGCCGUGCCAUCCUCAGAGUCACCCUCUCGUGGCCAGCACAGCCGCAAGAGGAGCCUAGCAGAGAAGCAGGCGGCGGCAUCUACAGCCAGCAGCACAGCCUCAAAGAAGGAGGACCCCGGGGGCAAGCGGGGCCGCGCAGCAGCGCCCGCAACCUCCUCGGCCUCCAGACGCAGUUCGAGCAGGGGCAGCAAGACUGCUCCCGCUUCAUCUGCUGACCAAUCCUCAAGUCACACAGAAGGCGACAAGAGUCGCGCCAAAGCUUCUAAAAGCAAGAAAGCGUCAACUAAAAAAUCCCACGCUAGUAGUACCUCUUUAACACAGCCAGGAAAACAUAGUACCGGUGCAUACCCAAAAACUAAGCCAUCAAGCUCAGCCACAGCCACUAGCACCUCACAAUUAGACGCUCCAAGCACAACUACUGAACGGAACAGACGCGCUGUCACAAUAGCCAGCAGCGCUGCCACAAACUCCACAGUUGCAUUAAGGAAGUUGCUUAGUAGUGACUCCAGUCGUAAACGAGGCCUGUCCACAAAUUCGUUGGGCUCGACUUCAUCCCUCACUUCCCAGCCAGUCAACAAAAAGUCAACCCCCCAGGUGCCAAAUCAAACGGCUCCAACAAGAAAGUACCCAUUGCGUAACCAGGUGCGUUUGCUGCCUGGGAGCCAAGAGCCAGUGCCCUUGGAGGUGCCGGUGCCCCCUCCAGAAUAUUACCCUCCCACAGUACACCGUCGCUCCUUCUCUGCGGGCUCAGCCAAGUCUCGAAGCAACAGCCGAGGCCGCACCAGGGCCUCAAUCGCAUCUCCAUACCUGGCUAGCUACGAGUCAACCGCCUUUGAAAAACACCAUAAGAGUAGCAAGGUCGGUCCGCAGCCCUCUCAGCAGCAGCAGCAGUCAGGUGGGUCGAAGGACAACCUGAGGCGAAGCUCGAGAAGCAAAACAACCACGGGGUCCUGUGCCAGCAGCAGUGGCCGGCGUACGUCGCGAGGGGGCACUAAAUUGCCUCUGGCCUCAUCCUCUCAGUCGACUUCGUCGGCUGCUCCUGGUCCUUCGUCAUCCUCAUCCAGCUCUCAUCCUCCGGCCGGCGAUAAUUCGGUCAUCAUGAACGCAUCCUCAGGAGGGGACAGUGGUGGCUGGGAAGGACUGGCAGAAGCAGCAGCCUCUUCGGCAGCGAGGGCCACGUCUCCGCCGCUUCUCCCGCCGCUGUUGUCUGCGUCGUCCAGCGGAGGACCGUCUCUCCUGGCCACAGCAGCAACCGCAGGAUCCGCUCAGCAGGGAGGAGCCGCCUCAGCCAGCAGUGCCGCUGCUGCGGCGGCCACGGCCGCCGCAGCGGCCGACAGCGAAAGUGAUGACAGUGAGGUGGGCCUCAGCUGCACUAGCACGUCUACCAUGCUCCUGCAGUCAAACUCAAGCGGCAGCAGCAGCCAAUUGUUGGCGCGAACUGCAAGCUCAGUUGGUCGCCUGCAGGCUUUGCUGGAGUCAAGAGGUCUACCACCACAUUUGUUUGGUGCACUCGGUCCCAGGAUGCAACACCUCUUGAACAGGGGGGGCAUUGGGGUGAGUGGAGGCUCCAACAGCUCCAACUCUAAGGUGCAGCAACUACUCACUGGACUCCAGAGCACUGAUGAAACUGUUCAACUCUCGGCCGUAAUCGAAAUGUGCCAAACGCUGGUAAUGGGCAAUGAGGACACGCUUGCUGGUUUCCCCAUCAAGCAGGUCGUGCCUGCCCUGAUCAAUCUUCUCUCCAUGGAACACAACUUUGACAUGAUGAACCAUGCUUGUCGAGCUCUCACUUACAUGAUGGAAGCUCUCCCACGGUCUUCGGUGGUUGUUGUUGAUGCGGUCCCUUGCUUCCUUGAGAAGUUGCAAGUUAUCCAGUGCAUGGAUGUGGCAGAGCAGAGUCUGACUGCCUUAGAAAUGCUCUCAAGACGUCAUGGCAAGGCCAUUUUGCAAGCUCGUGGCGUCUCUUCCUGCCUGAUGUAUCUAGACUUCUUCAGCAUCAACGCCCAAAGAGCUGCCCUGGCCACCACUUCAAACUGCUGCAUGAAUCUGCACCAAGACGAGUUCCAACUCGUCUCAGACAGUUUGCCCGUGUUGGCUUCACGCCUCACCCAGCAGGAUAAGAAAAGCAUAGAAAGCGUGUGCCUGGCCUUCAGCAGGUUGGUUGAUAGCUUCCAGCUGGAUGCCAGUCGUUUGCAAACCAUCGCCAGCACUGAGCUGCUGGCCAACCUCCAACGCAUCCUUGUGGUGUCGCCACAGAUCAUUUCCACUGGCACCUUCAUCACCGUUCUGCGAAUGCUGUCUGUUAUGUGUGCCAACUGCCCAUCCCUAGCGAGAGAACUGUUGCGCCACAACGUCGCCGACACUCUACUCUUUCUGCUCACGGGCAACGCCACCACUGUCUCUAACAACGAAGACGUUGAGCUGGUCACCAGAAGUCCUCAAGAGCUGUAUGAAAUCACUUGUUUGAUCGGCGAGUUGAUGCCUCGCCUGCCCACCGACGGUCUCUUCUCUGUGGACUCGCUCAUUGAGAGACCCGUGCCAGUGGCGCAGGAUGCGGUCACUUGGCAGUGGCGAGACGACAGGGAACUGUGGCACUCUUACAACUCGAUGGAUUCAAGGAUCAUCGAAGCGGCCCACCAGGCCGGCGAGGACGAAAUCAGUCUGUCAACGCUGGGCAGAACCUACACGAUCGACUUCCACGCCAUGCAGCAAAUCAAUGAGGACACUGGCACCUCCAGACCUGUUAUGAGGCGCGUGCUGCCAGUUGGAGGACUCGGCGGUGCCACCGGCACGCCUGGCUCUCCUGACGUGAAGAUGGACGCUGAUUCAGAAGAGGACAGAGAGCUGGCCGCUGGAUUCAUCAGGUCGCUGUUCUCCGUUCUAUACGAAGUGUACUCGUCGUCUGCUGGGCCCGCGGUCCGCUGCAAAUGCCUCAAGGCACUUCUCCGCAUGGUCCACUUUGCGUCGGCGGACCUGCUGAAGGAGGUUCUCCGCAACCAAGUCGUGUCCAGUCACUUGGCUGGCAUGCUGGCCUCUCAGGAUCUGAGGAUCGUGGUCGGCGCGCUGCAGAUGGCGUACCUGUUGAUGGCGAAGCUUCCCGCAGAGUUCGGCGUGCACUUCCGCCGUGAGGGCGUGAUGCACCAAAUCAGGCAUCUUGCCGAGUCUCCCCUUCCUCAAACGCCUGGGGCUGGCUCCUCUAACAGCGCCAGUCCCGCGGGAGAGAAGCUGAACAAAAUUAGUGCACCUACUGAGCUACAGAGUCUUGUUGCCAGGAAUUUGAUGGAGCCUCUCGAUCCUGAAGUAGCCGCCCAACCGUCUGGAAAUAUAGUCUUGGGUGAUGUCUUGAAACGCAGAAAACCUGGUGGAAAACGCUGCAGUGGUGCCACGUCCAGCCGAAAAGCUCGUCAAGACGACGUUGCCUCUUCAAGUUCAAGUGUGCCAUCAUCUUCAUUUCAAUCCAAUGUUCCCUCAGGGUACUUCAAAGUGAAACCAUUCUCUGGAAACUCGCCAAGCAGCUCGGGCAGCAAUCGCACAGGAACCCCCAGCAGCAUAGCCUCAAGUAGUAGCAACAGCAGCCCCGAUCCAUUCUCGCUGCUCGGCUCAGGCGGCGGCGGCGGAAGUGGAACCCCAAGUCGCUCAAGAUUCUCUGGUGCUAAAGCAAGCUUCCUUGCAAGUCUCAAUCCGGCUCGAUGGGGCCGCUCUACCGCAAGCAUGGGCUCCUCCACUGCCUCAGCCGCGUCCGCCUUCGGUGCGACCCACAAUGGUCACUCUGACCACAGACACAAGGAUAAUUCCAUCUCCAACCUCAACAAGUCGUGUAGCGUUGGUGGAAUAGCCGCCGGCAACAAGGAAAAGGCGCGCACCUGGGUCAGGGAACAAGCGCAGAAGUUUGUGGCCAUGUACUUUGAUAAUGAUGAGACCAAUGGAGCUCACCCUGCACUCAAUGUUCUCUCUAAACUCACACAAGCCAUCGAGAGACUCCAAUCACAGCCCUGGCAAGGUGACGUUGCUCUUGCUGAGCUCAAAGACAUUGUACUCACCUCAGACAUAUCUCCAUUUGAGGUGAACCACAGCGGUCUCAUUAACGCCCUCCUGCACUACCUCACUUUCGAUCCCAACCAAGAGGCGCAGGCGCACCCUCAGUCACAACUGCAGGUGAUGCAGUCGACCUCGCAAAACAACAAUAACAAUAUCGAGGUCGAUACAAGCGAAGACUCGCUUGACCAGAAACCGCAUCCUCCUAGAGAUCUCAAACUCCGUGUGUUCCUCAACGUGUUUGCAAGCUGCCCUAAGGAUGCUGAGUGGCAGGAAAUGCCAUCGGAUGCUGGCACCAUCGCUGCUUUCUCUGCUUUGGUCGCCAAACUUGGUGGGUGCAUUGCCCAGCUUGAGCAGUUCCCAGUCAAAGUUCACGAUCUGCCAACGGGAACCAGUGCUGGACGGGCAGGAGGCACUAGUGCCCUCAAGUUCUUCAAUACUCAUCAACUCAAGUGCAAUUUGCAACGCCAUCCUUCAUGCAACUCCCUGAAACAAUGGAAGGGUGGCACCGUGAAGAUCGAUCCUCUCGCCUUGGUGCAGGCAAUCGAGAGAUACCUGGUGGUCAGAGGCUACGGCAGGAUCCGGGAGAAGGACACCGUGGACUCUGAUGACGAAACGGAGGAGGACAUCGACGACACCCUGGCUGCCGUGGUGAUCAGCCAAACCAACGCGCGUCACAAGCUGCAGUUCCUGAUUGGAGACAACCCACUGCCUUACAACAUGACUGUGUACCAAGCUGUGCGUCAGUUCAGCAACAACCCGGCCUUCGCCAACGACCAGUCUGAAACAGACACUGAUUCGGAGGUCCCCCUGGGCAACGCAGGUCUUUGGGUCCAAACCCACACCAUCUACUAUCGGCCAGCGCCUGAAGAGGGGCCUUCUGUGCCUUCCUCCAGCCGCACAGGUUCUCAACCAUUGGCUAGCACCUCCUCCGCCACACCCUCCAGUGGACACCACCGCAAGGGGAAAAGCUCUUCUAAGAGCAGUUCUAGACGCAGCAAGGAAUCUGGUUUGCGGCCGCCUGCGUGCCCGUUAAGUCAGUUCCUGCACCCGCGCCUGCCAGACAACGUCACAAUCAACGAUGCCUCCCUGGACGUGCUGUGCCUUCUGCGCGUGCUGCACGCGCUCAGCCGUUACUGGGGCACCCUGUACCAGCUGCCUUUCAGCAAAUCCCUCCUCCCGCAGCAGGAGUUCAUCAGCAACAAGAUCUCCGCCAAGGCCUCGCGCCAACUUCAGGACCCGCUUGUCAUAAUGACCGGCAACCUCCCUGCCUGGCUGCAGCAGGUUGCCUCGGCGUGCCCGUUCCUAUUCCCCUUUGAGGUGCGCCAGCUGCUCUUCUAUGCGACUUCCUUCGACCGCGAUAGAGCCCUGCAACGCCUCCUUGAAGCCUCUCCUGAACUGAACUCUGCUGAGGCACACGAAAGGGUGACUCCGCGCCUCGAUAGACGCAAGAGGACCGUCUCGCGGUCCGACAUUCUCAGGCAGGCUGAACAAGUGGUGCAGGAUUUGGCAACCUCGCGUGCUCUCUUGGAAGUGCAAUACGAGAAUGAGGUUGGAACUGGUCUUGGUCCAACCCUGGAAUUUUACGCUUUGGUUUCGCGAGAGCUGCAGCGAGCUGACCUGGAGUUGUGGCUGGGUGAAGCAGUGUCUGGCGGCGUCGACGGCCAGACGCAAUAUGUGCACUCGGCAACGGGCCUCUUCCCGAUGCCGCUGAGCAAGAACGCCAAAGUGGUGCAGCUGGCGCGCAUCAAGGCCAAGUAUCGCUUCCUCGGUCGGCUGAUGGCCAAAGCAGUGAUGGACUCGCGCAUGCUGGACAUGCCGUUCAGCCAGACGCUGUACCGAGUGUUGCUGGGCGAGCAGUCGAUGCUCAGCCUACCCGACCUGGCCUUUGUCACCCCGUCGGUGCACACCACCCUGGCGCGUCUGCAGCCGCUGGCCCGGCAGUACGCCAACAUCGACAAGGACUCGGCCCUGAGUGCAAUGCAGAGGAAGGAGUCGCAGGAGAAGUUAACGCUUGACGGCUGUCCUGUAGCUGACCUCGGACUCGACUUCACUCUGCCUGGAUACCCCAACGUUGAGCUUAAGAAAGGAGGCAAAGACGCUAACGUCACCAUCCACAAUCUUGAUUCGUACAUUAAGCUGGUAUGCCACUGGUUCCUGAACGAAGGGAUCAACAAGCAGGUGGAAGCCCUUCGCGACGGAUUUGAGGCCGUUUUCCCGCUCGAGCACUUGCGUCUCUUCUAUCCCGAGGAGCUGGAGGCCGUUUUCUGUGGCUCGCCCAUGGGUCCCGCCGGCACCGGCUCUUGGGACAUCAAGACACUGAUGGAGUGCUGUCGGCCUGACCACGGCUUCACACCCGACUCGAGGGCGAUCAGGUUCCUCUUUGAAAUCCUCUCCAGCUACAAUCAAGAGGAGCAGCGGAAAUUCCUGCAGUUCGUCACUGGAUCUCCCCGCCUUCCCGUUGGAGGUUUUAAAAGUCUGAAUCCACCUUUGACCGUUGUGCGCAAAACCCUGGAAGGAAACAUGGACCCUGAUGAUUUCCUGCCUUCCGUCAUGACCUGUGUGAACUACCUGAAGUUGCCUGAUUAUUCGUCCAUUGAAGUUAUGAGGGCCAAGCUCCAAGUGGCUGCCCAAGAGGGCCAGCACUCUUUCCAUCUCUCCUAGACUGGACGGAAGAUUCAAAAGACUUUCCAUUUGUACUCCGAGGUCAACUCUAGCUUCCUAUCACCUCCUAGUCUAGCAUGCCACCAUGGAAUAAGCAUCCUCCUGUCUGUCUGUCUGUCUGUCUGUCUAUCUCUGUCCCAAGGAUUUACCACUGUUUUUUUCUUUUUUUUCUGCAUUUGGUUUCCUCCUCGCCAAGGGCUGCAUGAUAAUGUCAAAGUUGGGGCACUAUUGCUUUGCUGAUCCGUAUCAAACACUAUUAUUUGAAGCUAAGAUUUGCCUGAUGGACAGUGUGAUAGAAGGUCUCCAAGUCGAAAUAGGCCGAAAAAACCGAGUAAACAAAAUUAAACCAUCGUGAGCAACAGCAUCAUCAAAUUAGAUCGCCAAAAUCAGGUGUAGAUUUCAUUUUUUACGAAACGCUGACUGAACAGAUCAGAUUUUUCCUCUUUUGUGUUUGAUUUUGAAUGAAGUAUUGCGUUUGAUUAUGCCAGAUUUUGCUUGCAAGUUGGCCUGAUGAAGGAAGGUCAUCAUCGUGUGUAAAAUCCAUCUUUCUGAAUAUUGUACUACGAUAAUUGUUUGUGUUGAUCAUAAGGCUACAAUAAUAAGAAAGACGUGUACAUAACUUGAAGCAAACCAGGAAAGUGUUGUUGGUAGGAAUGAUUUUUUGGAGUGGAAGGUGCGGGCGCUCUGGCUGGGUUGCUGUUGGUAGCAUGAAGCAAAUGCUGGGCUGAACCAAAGAUCAAUCAACCUAUCAUUAACAAAUGCAUUUUUGUCCCACGCCGUUUGCACAUCUUUGAAUGGCCCUGCUGGAGCUACCCUCGCACUCGGUGUGUAUAUAAAAUCUGCUUUUCUAAAUUGUGAUAUAAUCUCUGUACCAAUAAAUUUGUUUCACAAUUAAAUUAAACUUAAAGUAAA